AUGGGUCCAGUCAGAUCGAAAACGGCAUGUCAAAAAUGCCGUUCAUUAAAGCACAAAUGCGACUUUAAGUAUCCCAGGUGCUCUAGAUGCGGUCGGCUUGGCGUGGAGUGUAUGGUACUUGACUCUUCGACAAGACAGCUCAGACCAAGAGCCGAUUAUCCAGAUGUGUUUUGCCCCCUUCCAAUGGAAGAGCCGUCCAUCAGAAUGCUUGAAAAACGAGUAGAGCUUCUGGAAGACAGACUAGCAAAAUAUGCAAGCAUAUUUGAGAGUUUUGGUGCUGUGAAUAGUCCAUCUGUAGCGGCGAUGAGCCACUUAACUGUGCUCUCAAUGAUUCCGUUCAGAAGCAGCUCUCCAACGGUUGACAACGAGCUUACGAAAAUUUCCAUCUAUGGCAAAAUUGACUCAAAUCAGCCCCUAGACAGAUGGGAGCCGCUCCCACCCUCAAAGGCAGAAUGCGAACAGCUGAUCUCCAACUACUACCAAAUAGCCUGGAUACAGCAUCCAAUAGUUGAAGACGAAACCAUCUUGUACAAAUUGAGCUCCAAGCAUUAUCAGUCUCCUGAUAGUCUGUCUCACUGGGAGCUUUUCGUACUCUACAUAACACUUGCCAUUGGGACCGCAAUCACAGGCGACAUGAGCGAUAAAUCUCAGAGCUUCUACCUGAGCUCAAUCGUGCAACUAAAGAUUUUCCUAGCGAAGACCAUUUCUCCAGGAACAGACAAUCGUGACUUCAGCUCCCAAAUGCAGAUCCUACAGUCCCUUCUUCUAAUAUGCUGCUUUGGUCUUUUGAAACCCGUUUCUCCAGGAAUAUGGUAUGUCAUAGCAAACGCAAUGAGAUUAUGUAUCGACAUGGACUUGCACGAGGAGCAUGUGGUGAAAGAUAUUGGGAGCAGCUAUUAUAGGAGACUCUUCUGGUGCUGCUACGCGCUCGACCGCCAAAUAUGCUGCUAUGUUAAUAAACCUUUCGGCUUAAAUGACACAGAUAUCACAACUAACCUUGACGAGGUGUCUGUGGGUGAGCACAGGCUUGCCAUUUCGUCACUAUUCUUCAAGAUUCGAAAGCUGCAGUCAAUGAUUCAACAGUUCAGCAGCAAGAAAGCUUUGUCAAAUAUGAGUAAAUCCGUUGCAAAUUGGAGACAUGAGAUGCAUGUAGAGUUGAACUCGUGGCUUGUCCAAGCUCUACAGUUUGAAAACAGUUCAAAUUCAGCAGUAAAGCAAGCUUUUGUAUCUUCCAAGAAUUUUUUGAUACUCACAUAUUUUCAACAGUUACAGAGACUUUACAAGCCAGACAAUAUGUCGCCCGAGUGUCUCACAUUCAAUGAGUUUAUGAGCUUGUUUGAGAGCAGCAUCAAGAUACUAGCUACUUACGAGGUUCUGAGCCAGACUCGAAGAAUUAACUAUAGAUACCUAUCCGUCUACUCCAUUUAUCAGUCAGGGUUGACGGUGCUUUAUUGUUUCAUAAACUGUGCACAGCUCCGGCUAUUCGCAGACACAAUCGAGAAGCUCGAACAUACCAUGGAAGUAACCAAAGACCUACUACAAAAACUGGAGAUCCAUUGUCCGCCAGCGCGAAGCGCCAUGCAAAUUCUAGAGACAGUACAUCACAACACUAUUGAGCAGGUAAUUGGCGGAGGAAGUCUGGAAAACAAAUUCUUAUUUGAUUGCGGCUCGCAUUUUGGACCCUUUGACUCAGAAUCUAUCUCCCUUCUUUCUCAUAAUGGAGCUAUUCCGUUGAUAGAAGACAAAGCAAUUACACAGGAGGUGCCGGACACCCCCGCAUUUGGCUUAAGCGCAGCCAGCAACGUCUCCGCCGUGCAUAGUAUACGACCCUUGAAUCCAUUCCCGGAUUCUGCCAAGGAGUCGUGGGACUCGCUAUUUGAGGAACCAUUUAACUUGAAGGAGCUCAUGUUUGACUGA